UGACAGAGGCCUCAAUUUCCCCAUGUAACUGCCUUGUGCCAGGACCCACCCCCAGAUGAUCCCAGGAUGGAGGCAGGGGGCAGACCAGACACACAUCACAGAACAAGGUGUUAGAAUACAGCAGCCCAUCCACACAGAAGUUGUAUGCAGCUCUAUUUCCAUUUUAUUAUUUAUUUUGUAGUGCUCAGGAUUCAACCUAGGGUGUUACGUGUACUAGGUAUGCCAUUGAGCUAUAUCCUUGCCCCUGGUUUUUUUUUUUUUUUUUUGUCUUUUUAAGACAGGGUCUCACUCUGCAGCUCAGGCUGGCCUUGAGCUCACUUUUUGGCCCAUGCCAGUCUGGAACUUUCAAUGAUCCUCCUGUCUCUGCCUCCUGAGUUGCUAGGGUUACAAGAGGUGCUCAAAGUUGUAGCCAUUAGGUUACAAACAUUUAUUAGUACAGCAAACUACUAAGGCAGUACUGCUGCAAAAAGAGAUGUAUACAUUUUUUUGGCCUGUUUUCUCUCAUAUAUAUGUGUGUAUACAUACAUAAAUAUAUAUUGCAAUUUAUCUAACAUUCAGACUUCACUUAGACAAAUACAACUUUACCCAAGGCUUCACUGAAUCUAGAACACAACUGUUUGUUGGCACUUUGCAACAAGACCUAGUUGGCGCUUAGCACAAAUUAAAUAUCAAAUAUCUACAGAAGUUGCACUCAUUUACAUGUAUACAGUGUUUACCACAGCAUAUGGCAUAGCCAUCACUGCCCAUACUGGCUCACAAAUUUUUUCAUUUUCUCAAAUGGCCGUCACCACUGACCGACCCCAGGGCCCCUGCAGAGUGUACAGCCGGCUCGGGUGUGCGGAGCCAGCACCGCCUGCGCCCAGGGCUUUUGGGCUUUCACGACUGCUUACUGUGUGCUCAGCGGGCCGGCACAGACUCCAGGCAGCGGAGGGGAGCAGGCCGGACCCAGACGGCGCGUUGGGACAGGCCAGGGGCACCCAAGGCGAUGCGCUGAGUCCUGGCCCCUCCGGGCCCUGCGAGGGACGGGCUGGCGAGGGGUGGGGCCUGGCGCUGGCGGUGUGGCAGUCGGGCUUCGGCCCUCAGCGACACACAGGGCACAGGCUGGUGGCGCCGGCGACAGGGACGCGGGCUGGGCCUGCAGGCUGCAGCAGCCUGCGAAUCCUGCCGGACUACCUGCUCAGAGGCGCCCCGACCGCCCGGCGGCCCAGUCCCCACCCCGCCUGUCCCUGGCCCCCUGUGUUAAGCCUACCGCAGCCAGUCUGCUGGGCGCUGCGCCAGUGCAGGCAGGGCGGUUCGGACGCCCAGCCUGACCACUACCCGCCUCGGCUACCGCGUGCAGGCAGGAGGCCAGGGACCCUGGAGAAGAUGUCGCACUCCUUUGAUCCCAUGUGGUCCUCCAGGACUCGUGGCGACUACCUGGACAAGGAGAAUGGCACUCCAGGCCGGCUACUCCUGAGCACGAAGAGCGCACAGGUCUCCGCUCCGGCUCCGCAGCCAGGAGCGCAGCGCCCGGGGCACCACCCAGGGCUGCCGCCCCUGCUCGCCCCAACGACUUCAGCGCGCAUGCGGGCUGUAGGCGGUCCGCCAGUGCGCCCGCCCCUUCCCGGCGUGCCCCGCGGCCCCAGGCGCUGACGUGGCCGCCGUCAGC